AUGCCUGCUAAGUGGGAAGAGAUCUCUGCCCGCAAACGUCAAGUACGCGACUCGAAGAUUCCGAAGGAAUGGCGACUCGCCAGCAUUGACCCCGCGCGAAUCAAUGUCACGGGCGUGCCGCGGGAGUGCGGAAUCCUUACUGCCGAGGAACUGAACAUCACCGAGGACUACGAGGCGAAAGGGAUUGUCGAGGCUGUUGCGAAGGGGACUCUGAAAGCGGAGGCGGUUGUAAUUGCGUUCUGCAAGAGAGCGGCGAUUGCGCAGCAAUUGACAAAUUGCCUUACGGAAAUCUUCUUUGAUGAAGCGAUUGAGAGAGGCCAGUUUCUGGACCGCUACAUGGCCGAGCAUGGAAAGCCACUCGGCCCGCUUCACGGGCUCCCCAUCUCCCUAAAAGACUGCAUUUCCGUCUCGGGCUAUGCAUCGUCCGUCGGAAUCUCCGCCCGAGCUGACACGCUCGCCACCGAACACUCUGUUCUCGCAUCGCUAUUUCUCUCGGCGGGUGCGAUUCUCUACGUCAAGACGACCACACCACAGGGCCAGCUAGCAUUUGACACUCACAGUUAUCUCUGGGGCCGGACCCUCAACCCUCUCAACACCACGCUGAAUGUGGGUGGCUCCACAGGAGGAGAGGGAGCUCUUCUUGCGAUGCGCGGCUCCGUUCUCGGCAUGGGCACUGACAUGGGCGGGAGCAUCCGUGUGCCCGCGGCCUGCUGCGGGCUCUAUGGCGUUAAGCCGACUUCUCGAAGAGUGCCGCGCCAGGGCUCGGAGACCAUCGAGAUCCCCGGCUACUUCUAUGGCGGAAUCACGACUGUCGCUGGGCCGUUGGCGCGGACCAUGGGUGAUUGCAAGUGGUUCUUUGAGGUUUUGGAGAGCUUGGAGCCGUGGAGACACGAUCCGCAGGUCUUGCCGUACACUUUCAAAACUCCGCCGAAGAAGCGGUUGAACAUUGGUCUCCUCAAGAGCGACGGUGUAGUGGUUCCUCUUCCCCCGGUUGUGACGAUGUUGGGUGAAGUCGAUCGGGCUCUCACCGCCGCGGGACAUAAUGUGGAGGUCAUCGAUCUCCCCGAGUUCCCUGCCGCUUAUUGGACUACGCUCGGCUUAAUAACUCUCAACCCCACCAACAAUUUCUUCAAUCUCAUGGAGUCGACCGGCGAAAGUCCAACCCCGUGGCUCGUCCAACUGGGGCUGAAGCGCAAGGGCCACAAGCCCGAUGCUCUGGACGACAGUUACAAGCUUAUCCACGCGAAAGAGCAGCACGAGAUCGUGUUUCAAAAGACGCUUUGGGAGCGUGGUGAAGGAAAGCUACCGCUUGAUGUCGUCCUGUGUCCGGUCAGUGGACACCCUACGCCGAAACAGGAUGGCUGGGCUGGCCCCGAUUAUGCCAUCGUUUGGAAUCUGGUGGAUUAUCCUGCCGGUGCGAUUCCGGUACGCACCGUGACCAAGAAAGACCUCGGCGAGGAGAUAGCAGCACCAUCGCUUGGGCGAUUCGACGAUGCCAACCGGGCGCUCUGGAAUCCGGAAUUUCGGGAUUCAUUCCUUGGAGCGCCGAUGGCAGUGCAGGCCGUUGGCAGGAAGGGGGACGAUGGCGCACUGUGCAACGCUAUGCAGGUGAUCGACCAGGUCUUGCGGGGCUUUGCAAGCACGAAGCCGGCCGCUCAGUUGCCAAAGAUCUAG